CUCACAUGUAUAGGGGUUUUUCCUGGGUCCUGGUCAAUCUGAACCUGUCCCUCUCCCCAUGUUUUGUCUACAUACAAUCCUUGAUUUUGUUCUUCUUGGAAGCAGUACAAGUUGAUGAUAAUCUGUGUAAGUUGUUUAUAUGUAUGUAUGCUUGAGAGUUGAGUGAGAAUGAUUAGAUUGGUGGUGGAGUUUGAUGAUUGCUGUUAGCCUCCAGUGCUUGGAUUCGAGAGUUGAUAUGAUUGACUAGACGAUUGGUUAAUCUGGAGAGUGCUUCUUGUUUUUGUUGUUCUUGUUGAGCAUGGAUCUCGAUUAAGUGGAGGAUAUGUUUCUGGGUGUCUGAAUCGAUUUCGAGUGUUUUUUGACCCUCUUCGUCGGUCGUUGGACUCUCUGAGAUGAGUUUGUCUAGGUAGGCAAUCAGCGGAGAUGGUCCGAGUUGUUCGACAGUCGCCCUCGUUGAUGUUUUGUUGUGAUGAGUCUGUUCGAUUGAUGAGCUCUGUCGAUCGUGUUCGUUGGAGUCAUAUUGUUCUUGUUCAGCUGUGUUGUUCAUGGUUUCUGGUUUUGGUUUGAGUGAGCUGGUUGCAGUUGGAGAUCAUGACAUCAUAAGUUCGAUUAGGGUUUCUGGUUGGUUUGUUCUGGUGCAGUGAGUGUGGGGAGUUGAAGAAGUGGUCAACAAGAAAGAUGACCGAACAACUACAAGAAGGACUAAUCCAAAAAAUCAAAACAACAACAACAACAACUCAAGAAGAACUCAAGGAAAUACUCAAGACGAUCAAACAACCAUCAUCAUCAGCAGAACAAGAACAGAGCAAACUGAUUAGCAGCAUACAACUAGCCAUCAUCCAAGCACACCCACUCCAAGCAACCAACAACCUCAACUGGUUCACCAAAAACUCACUCACUGCCAAACUAACCAUCCAAAACAUCAGCCUAUCACUCAAGACAAAACAAAUACCAAUCACUCCAAUCCUCAAACUACUCAAACUCACCCUAGAAACCUACCAACUAUCAGACUACUACCAACAGAUCAUCAAAACAACAACAACAACAACAGAGCAACUCCCAAUACUCCAAUGGAAGUCCUUCAUCAAUACCCUCUUCAGCUUACCAGACAAACUAUCCCCAUUCAUAUACUCAAAAACAACAACAACAACAACAGAUGCAGAUGCAGAUCUUUACCAGCAAUUCCAACCAAAGAAUUUCUUCGCAAGGAUCAGCCGACAGUUUCAUUCCUUGGUCGAAUUCCUAUCAUCAACUCACAUCCAUCCUACUCCGGCCAUUCAAAUCCAAGCACCAGAGUUCAUCCUCAACAAAUUCAUCAACAUCCGAUUCAUCUCACUUGACAUCCAGCAGCAGCACCAAGACCUAUUCUCAUCCAUCUGGUCCCAACUCAUAACUGCCCCACUCGAUCAUCGAUCAAAUAACCGACUAUGGAACUCGAUCAUCUUCAGCCUACCCAGGACCGAACUCAAAUCAUUCAUUAGCUCCUUCCUCCUCCGCCUCCAAGCAGAUCUACCAUUCCAAGACCUUCAAUUCUCCACCGAACCUCAAGCCUUAGCCAUCGAACGUGCCGGUGCUGAACUCUUGAAGUUCUACUUUGGAGAUUGGGGGUGUGAGAAUCGACUAGGUACCGCGGAUAUCUACGAACUGCUGACCGAGAUCGUGACGAGUACCGAUGGGUGGACGAUCCCCACCGCCCGCUGGAUCGCCAGAUGGGCGUCGAUUGAUACUCAUCUUGAUGAAAGCUCGCUGACGGCCCGUUCACGACUGGCCCAGAGUGCGCUGGCUGCAUUUGCCAGUCCCAAUCAGAUCGCGCAUGGAACUCCCUCCCGACACGCGUUCUUGCUCGUCUUGCUCCUACUCACCGCAUGUCCGAUCAAAGCUGAGCUCAUCCAAUCAACCCAAAACGUCUCCCUCGACCCGAUCUUUGUCGAGGCCAUCCAACGCUCACUCGGCUGUUUGCGGUCUCAGUUCAGACUCCUGGGAAUGCUCAUGGCCGAAGUGAUGACCGAGUUCAACCGCUUACCCGGCUCUGUCAAGCUCGACUUUGGACACGACUUUGAGGCCGUAGACGAUCCGGAAAAUCGACUCUGUGUCGCGAUUCGUAGGCUGAGUCAUCACUGGGACUCGUCUCCUCCCGACUCACUCUGGCGCGAUUUGUUGUCUUCCAUGGCUGCCAAACACCGUCCACAAUUCAUCACCGGUGGCCCAUCCUACGAUCAACCUUCCUCUGGUCACCAGAGUCCCCGAGAAAACAAGCAAAUCGCACCACCAAGCCGAUUCACUGAGCCAAACGAACUCACUUUGACUGAGCUUCGUUUGAGACCUGACGCCCCUAUCCCGAGUCGCGCGGGGAAACCUCGGAUCGAAGUACUAGAUAGCAGUGCUUCCAAAGAUCCGCCAUUAGAGGCAUACGAGAUCUCAGACAAAGACCACGAGGACCUCUACCCUCCUCCUCAAGAUCGUUCCAAUGAGAAGACUGCCUCGAGCCUCGAGCCUGAGUUCGACUACGCUCAGAUGAAGGAUCAGGCCUCUCAGCCACCCGUCUAUCUCGAUCAACUCUCGCAGUUCUUGAAGGAUUCUCAGAACUUCGAACGCGUUAAAAUCGGGCUUACUCAUGCUGAAAACCUGAUCAGAAGGAAACGGAAUUGGGGCACCGAAUUAAUUGAACAUGCAUCCGAUCUGACGUUCACCUUACUAAACUUACAAGACAAUUUUGAUUUGGAAGGGUUUGAAAGAUACAGACAAGCGAGUCUAGUAGCCCUCCUAACGAGUGCCCCGAUGAUCGUUGGACCAUGCAUAAUCGAGCAACUCUUUUACCACCAAUACAGCAUCAUCCAGCGGCUGGGGAUGCUUGAUUCUCUGGUCCGAGCGACCCUAGAGCUGGGCGACUUUCAGCACCAACAGGGGCUUCCCCAAAAUGAGCCCAAAACGAACGAGCAGGAGUUCAAGAAGAUCAAGUCGCCGGCGAUUCAUCAGCUGCUCUUGGAUUAUCAAUCCUCCUCUUCUGAGGUGUCCUCACAUAGAAGAGCCCUUCCAGAGGGAUCCUCGUCCGUCUUGUUGCCCAACCCCGCGCCCACCCUCGAAUACAUUGCCCAACAACCACCGCCAACACGCUUGAGUGCGCGUCUAAUCAACCAACGCAAGCAAUACCAAUCUCUUGAUCGACAGUCUGACCCAAACCACUCGCUCUCCUCACCCGGCUCCAAACCUCCCCGUCAUCUCGAGAAGAUCUUCUUGAACUUGUUGGUCACCAGACUCGCCUGGUAUCUCGAUUCGACUUUUUCUGAAGGUGGGGGGCGAUCAAGCUCGAUUACCGGGCCGGGUUCGAUGAUCCUAUGGGACCCGUUCCUGCUCUUCAAACUGGUCCAGACCAUCCAACUCUUCAGCCUCUUGACCCUCUCUCGUCUUCAUCCCUCUUCCUCAUCUGGGAACCACAUCGAUCCGCAAUCGGUCAUCGAGAUCAAAGAGGUCGUCGCCCUGCUCCUCCGGAUCCUCGGCUUCCUUCGCCCUCCUACUAAUGCUAAUCAUUCUCCCCUUCUUCUUCACCCAAAGGAACAAGAUGAUGAUGAUGAUGAUGAUGAUGGGGAUGUUAAUAGGCCGCGGAUCGUAGGCCUGAUCGUCUCGCUGAUCAUCCACUUGAUCUCUGCGCUUUCAUCCUCCUCCUUCUCUUCUCUUACCCCUUCUUCUUCUUCUUCUGGGUAUCCCACCCCUGAAACGCUCCUUUCCUCUGAUUCUUCACUCAUAUGUCCUCCCACUUGGAACGCCCAAUCGGUCCAUCUGGAUCUCUUGUUCCAACAGUUCUCGGCCCUCGUCUCAGAGGACAACCAUCGUCGGCCCUCGGCUCCUCUUGACGAUCUCGUCGGCGGGGCUGUCGAUCAGAGGUUCGUGGACGAGAAGGCAGACCGGCUCGUCCGUGUCGUCACUCAAAUAUUACAAUUAAUCGCUUGAAAGUUCUCUCUCUAUUUUUCUUGGUAUUAUGUAUCUGACAAAAAAAACUCCAUUCUCAAAUUACCAAUUUACCUUUUUUUUUCUGUUGUUAUUGUAGGUGUUUGUUGUUGAGAGAAGAGGAAGCAGAAGAAGAGGAGGAGGAGGAGCAGGAAGAGGAGGAUGGUCAAUGGUAGAUGGAGAUACA